AUGAUUGCGUUACAAAAUCGGCCUAUCUUGCCGCCCGCCAAAGUGGAUAUCUCACUGCUACUCAAGCCCCAAGAUGAGGAAGAAGCCGCCCCAAGGAAUCCGACCCCAGUCUAUCCCCCCCGAACAGGCUUCUCGGUUCCGCCUCCAGGCCUGGCGGCCCCGGUCUUGACGACGGGCCCGCCGGCCGUGCCACCUUCUUUGAUCAAGACCGCCCCGGGCCUGCCAGCCAAGCGGCUGCAACCGGCGCAUCCGGCUGAGUCUCCGGCCAAGAAACAGUCCAAGUGGUCGCCCGAGGAAGACGCCCUCAUCAUCGAGCUGCGGGGCAGCGGGAUGAAGUGGGAGGAUAUCAGCAAACGCCUGCCAGGUCGCAGUGCCAUCAGCUGUCGUCUCCACUACCAGAACUACCUGGAGCGUCGCAGCGAGUGGGAUGAAGAUAAGAAGAACAAAUUGGCCCGCUUAUACGAACGGUUCAAAGCAGAAAUGUGGUCCAAGGUGGCGGAAGAAAUGGCAAUCCCAUGGCGUGCCGCAGAGGCCAUGCACUGGCAGCUCGGAGAGCAAGAGAUGGCCCGCCGCGCCGGCGUGGUGCCCUUCUCCCUCUCCAGCACCGCCAUCGACCCGCCCACCACCCGCACCCGUCGCGCCAGCACCUCUCUGGCUCGGCCACGAAAGAGCUCCACCUCGCGGGCCAUCCCCGGCCACCUGCCCGGCCUGCCAACCCAGCUGCCCUCCCUCGAAGAGUUGACGGCCGGCGUCCCCGCGUUCGCACCGCCGGCCCCGCCCCCGCCGCGCGAGUUCUAUGGCCUGGGACGACCCCCCGACAUGGGCAUUCCCCCUCCUGGUCUCAUGGGCCCUCAUAUGGGAAUGCCCCCGCGAACGCUGCCCUAA